AUGGCGCCACGCAGCUACUCCAAAACCUACAAGGUUCCCCGAAGACCGUUCGAGUCGGCUCGUCUCGACGCGGAAUUGAAGACCGUCGGCGAAUAUGGCCUUCGCAACAAGCGUGAGGUGUGGCGUGUGAUGCUCACCCUCUCCAAGAUUCGACGUGCCGCUCGUCAACUUCUCACCCUCGAUGAGAAGGACCCCAAGCGUCUCUUCGAAGGCAAUGCCCUCAUUCGCCGUCUGGUCCGUGUCGGUGUGCUCGACGAGUCCCGCAUGAAGCUCGAUUACGUGCUGGCCCUCAAGGUCGAAGAUUUCUUGGAGCGUCGUCUUCAGACUUGCGUCUACAAGCUCGGCCUCGCCAAGUCCAUCCACCACGCCCGUGUCCUCAUCCGCCAGCGUCACAUCCGCGUCGGCAAGCAGAUCGUCAACGUGCCCUCCUUCAUCGUUCGUCUCGACUCGCAAAAGCACAUCGACUUCGCACUCACCUCGCCCUUCGGCGGUGGGCGUCCCGGCCGUGUGAGGAGGAAGAAGGCCAAGGCUGCCGAGUCCAAGGAGGAGGGUGGUGAUGAGGCCGAGGAGGAGGAGUAG